GGCGGGCAGCGGCGGCGCGCGGAGGAGGUGGAGGAGGUGCCGGGCGGCCGCUUCCCGCCCCCGAGCGCGAGCCGGUUCCGAGCGGAGUGGAGCGGAGGUCGGACCCGGAGCGGAGCCGGCUGAGCGGGCGCUGAGCCCCCGCCAUGGCCCGGAACACGCUGUCCUCGCGCUUCCGUCGGGUGGACAUCGACGAGUUUGACGAGAACAAAUUUGUGGACGAGCAGGAGGAGGCGGCGGCGGCGGCGGGCGAGCCAGGCCCGGACCCCAGCGAGGUGGAUGGGCUCCUGCGGCAAGGGGACAUGCUUCGGGCGUUUCACGCAGCCUUGAGGAACUCUCCUGUCAACACCAAGAAUCAAGCCGUGAAGGAACGAGCCCAGGGCGUGGUGCUGAAAGUGCUUACAAAUUUUAAGAGCAGCGAAAUUGAGCAGGCUGUGCAGUCACUGGACAGAAAUGGCAUUGACUUGCUAAUGAAGUACAUUUAUAAAGGGUUUGAGAAGCCCACAGAAAAUAGCAGCGCAGUGUUACUCCAGUGGCAUGAAAAGGCGUUAGCAGUAGGAGGACUAGGCUCCAUUAUAAGAGUUCUUACAGCAAGAAAGACUGUUUAAAAAAAAAAAAAAAAAGAGACUCAUGUUACCGUGAGAAGAAUUUUGGAUGCACAGGCUGGUGAAGAAGGGAUUGACAAUGGACCAUCUUCCUAGGAACUCCCAACUAUUUCAGGACAUGCAUCCGCUGAAGUGUAUUUUAUUUUCAAGGUGGAGGGAGAAAUUGUCUUACUGUUUCCUAAAUCCUUUGCAGGAUCUGAUAAGUCUAUGCCUUUGUCCACAAGUAAUGCAGAACUGACAUUGUGACUGUCUACCAGAGUGGCUGGCCAGGGAUGGUCAAGUGUACCUGUGUGCACUGCCUGUUUAAAAUGGGGGAGGGAUGAUUUGGGCAGGUGCAGAUCCAAGGGCUGUGGUAAAGGGAGCGCUUAGCUUGUUUUUGAAGUGGAAAACCCCAAGGGUUUGUACAGACAGCCCAUCCUCCCAGAGAAGGCAGGCUCUCUUGGGUUCAUUGUAAAGUGCCUGCUGCAUCAAUAAAGCUCUUGGCUUAUUAGUAUAUACUUUGCAGUGUGUUUCAUAUAUGUUAAAAAAAAAAAAAAAGAUAAUGAAUGCGGGGUCGACUUCUGGAAA